GGGAGUGUCUAGGAAGGAAUGAGGCAGAGGAAGGGGUGUAAGAAGGAGGCUGUGGCUAUGCAUCACUGUGAAGCAGCCUGGACUGCGGCUUUGUUUUCCCAGCCCUGCACACGCAGCAGCAAAGACACAGAGCCCAUCCUCCUCAUCGGAUGUUUGUAUAUCAGACGAAAAGGUGCACUGUAGAAAAUGGAAUCACCUCAAAAAUGCUGUAAACAGAGUCAUCAAAACCUUGAUGCAAUGAAGGCAGGGAUGUUUCUGCGGAAGGUGAAGUCUCGUAUGUGGAAGCGCCAGCGGCACUACAAACUUCAGGAGGACUGCAAGACUAUCGCAUAUAAAUCCAGCUGGGCAAUAAACUCUUAUUCUACCUUCUCCAUCAGUGAUGUGGAGGCUGUUCGUGAGGGACAUCAGUCGGAGACCCUUCUCACUGUAGCAGAUGAGUUUCCUGCUGACCGCUGCUUCACGCUGGUGUUCCGUGGCCGCAGAGGAAACCUGGAUCUGGUGGCUGAGUCAGCGGAGGAAGCUCAGUCCUGGAUUCAGGGCAUCAAAGCCCUCAUGGAGAACAUGGAGAACAUGGAUGAGAGCACCAAACUUGACCAAUGGAUCUCAGACUGGUUUUUGAAAGCAGAUCGAAACAAGGAUGGCAGAAUGAAUUUUAGGGAGACAAAAAAACUGCUGAAAAUGAUGAACGUGGACAUGGAUGAAGAACAUGCGUACCGUCUUUUUAUGAUGGCAGAUAAGUCUGAGUCAGGAACCCUGGAAGAUCAGGAGUUUGUGGAGUUCUAUAGGAUGCUCACUGAGAGGAAAGAGGUGCUGGAGUUAUUCCAGGACUAUUCCAGUGAUGGACAGAGCUUGUCUCAGUGUGAUCUGGAGGAGUUCCUGAGAGAGGAGCAGCUAGAGGGGGAGGGCAGUUAUGAACAUGCCCUUCAGCUGAUUGAUCGCUAUGAGCCUUCAAACACAGCCAGAAUGAAUCAUUUGAUGACAAUCGAUGGGUUCCUAAUGUACCUGACGUCUCCUGAGGGAUCCAUCUUCAAUCCAGAGUGGCAGGGCCUCUUUCAAGACAUGAGCCAACCUCUCGCCCACUAUUACAUCUCCUCCUCACACAACACGUACCUCAUGGAAGACCAGCUAAAAGGACCAAGCAGUGUUGAAGCCUACAUCCAGGCUCUGAAGCGAGGCUGCAGGUGUGUAGAGGUGGACUGCUGGAAUGGAGCGAAUGGGGAGCCGGUAGUUUACCAUGGACACACAUUCACAUCUAAGAUUCUCCUCAAAGACGUGAUUACUACUAUUGGCAAUUAUGCCUUCAAGGCAUCUGAGUAUCCGCUCAUUGUGUCCAUUGAAAACCACUGCAGCAUAGAGCAACAGGAAGUCAUGGCUCGAUAUUUCAGAGAUAUCCUGGGCGAUAUGCUGCUGACAAGCACAUUAGAUGGCGGAGUGGCCAGUGAUCUCCCAUCCCCAGAGGCACUUAAGAGGAAAAUCCUGUUAAAAGGGAAGAAGAUUGGAAAUGAACCAGAGAGCUUCACAGGUGAAGUUAGUGAUGAGGACGAGGCAGCAGAAAUGAAUAAGGACAGUCUGGCAUCAGAGAGUCCACCAACAGAUGCAAAGAAAUCGAAACAAAAUCUAUGCAAGGAGCUCUCAGACCUUAUUUUCUGCAAGAGUGUACAUUUCCACAGCUUUGAGCAUUCCCGCACCUCUGCUAAGCCUGAUGAGAUGUCUUCAUUCUCUGAGUCUAAAGCCCGUAAAUAUUCAAAGGAAGCAGGUUCAGAUUUUGUUCUGCACAACACAAGGCAGCUAACAAGAGUGUAUCCAAGUGGAAUGAGGACGGAUUCAUCAAAUUACUGUCCACUGGACAUGUGGAACAUGGGAUGCCAGAUUGUGGCAUUAAACUUCCAGACAGCAGGAAUGGAAAUGGAUCUUAAUGAUGGGCUAUUUACUCAGAAUGGCCGUAGUGGCUAUGUCAUAAAACCUGAGAUACUACGCAACAGAGAAAGACUCUUUGAUCCUGAAAAACCAGAGGAACGUGAGGAUUACCACCCUUUACUCUUCUCUGUUAAGGUUAUUAGUGGACAACAGCUCCCUAAAGUAAAGCAAAAAGAAUGGUCCAUUGUAGACCCCCUGGUAAGAGUGGAAAUUUAUGGCGUUCCUCUGGAUCAAGCCAAACAGGAGACCAAACACAUUGACAACAAUGGAUUCAACCCAUGUUGGAACGAAUCUUUGCGGUUCACAAUCCACACCCCUGAGCUGGCACUGGUGCGUUUUGUAGUUGAAGACUAUGAUACAGCAUCUAGGAAUGACUUCAUAGGGCAAUACACUCUUCCUUUUACCUGUAUUCAACCAGGAUAUCGCCAUGUGCAUCUGUUGUCCAAAGAUGGAAUGAGUAUCCAUCCAUCCUCCAUCUAUGUUCAGAUCAAGAUCACAGAACUGUGAUUCACAAUUCUAGUUUUAUUUAUAAUGCUUGAAACUUGUUCUGAAGAGUUAAUAUUUCUCAGACAAAUCUGUAGAUUUUAAGAGUCCCUCUGUAGCAGUUGCAUGGUGUUAGUAGUGCCUUCUCAAAGAAAAAAAGACCCCUAAGAACAGUGCAGAUAUGCUUAUUUGGUAAAUGCAAGUUUUACUUUUGAUUGUUUAAUCUAUGCAAUAUUAAGUGUACUGAUAAUCAGAACAAUUAUUUAUUUUUCCUCCUGUUUGAAAGUUACACAAUAAGGAUAGAAUGCAGGUUGUACAUUAUCUGAAUUGGUAACACUUUACAAUAAGAUUUCAUUUGUUAACAUUAGUUAACUACAUUAGUUGAAUUAAAAAUGAAUACUUCUACUGCAUUUAUUAAUCUUAGCUAAUGUUAAUCUCAACAUUUACUAAUACAUUUUUUAAGAUCAAAAUCUGCAUCUAUUAAAGAUUAGUACACUUUCAAAUAAAAAUUUCCUGAUAAUUUACUCACCCCCUGGUCAUCCAAGAUGUUCAUGUCCUUCUUUCUUCAGUCGAAAAGAAAUUAAGGUUUUUUGAUGAAAACAUUCCAGGAUUAUUC